UAUCCGGGUUUACAGCGGAAGGUCCUAACAGCGCGGAUUAGAAAGCAGCUGCGAACACGCUAGCGCAGUUAUUUUUUUGAGAUUGUAUUGUAAAUCUCGCAAACAUGUCCGGAAGAGAAGGUGGUAAAAAGAAGCCGUUAAAAGCUGCAAAGAAAGCAACCAAGGAAAUGGAUGAUGAUGAAAUGGCCUUCAAACAGAAGCAGAAGGAAGAACAGAAAGCCUUGGAGGCACUGAAGCAAAAAGCAGCAGGAAAGGGGCCGUUAACUGGUGGAGGAAUCAAGAAGUCUGGAAAGAAGUGAUUUGGCACUUCAAAACCGUGCACUCGUUUGCUGAAUUGCAGUCAACGCUCCUCCCCCAUACAUCCACACACACCACCACCCAAUAUCGUUUUAGUUGUUCAUUUGGGUCCAUUUUAGAAAGAGUAAAGAUGAAAUUACCUUUUGAAUGAAUUCUAGUGUUCAUGUAAAGAAAAACAUUCUGAAAUAAAGUUUGUAACUACUGUUA